GUCCGUGUAGGUUCCAUAACUUGGUUAGGCUAAUAGAACUGAUCGGUUCGUGAACUGUUGUGUUGGUUGGUGCGUAUGAACUCGUCCGCGGUGGCUCGACCAUGUUGAUAUCGGCGGGCAACGGCCCCACACCAGAUUUCUCUCCUGCUUCGUGCUGCGCAUCCUGGAAGAUGGAGCCGGCGCCACCAGCGCCUGCAUCCAUCACACAACAGCUUAACAUAUCACCGAACGUGCCAGUGUCCCCAUCCUCGUCGGGUGGUGGUUCUGGGACUCCGCUGUAUCCUGGAGCCGCAUCACAUCCACUGUCCUCACUGCUGUCGCAGCAGAGGCUGUUGGAGCUCUCCCGGUUCGGCUUGCGACACUACGACAUUGCUCACCAUGUCCUGUCCCAGCAAGGUGCUGUUACCAAGCUGCUUGGCACACUUCGACCCCCAGGACUCAUUGGCGGGAGCAAACCUAAAGUCGCAACGCCAGCGGUGGUUUCGAAGAUCGAGCAGUAUAAACGCGAAAAUCCGACCAUAUUUGCGUGGGAGAUUCGCGAACGACUCAUUUCUGAAGGGGUAUGCACGAAUGCGACCGCGCCAAGCGUAUCGUCAAUCAACAGGAUACUUAGAAAUAGAGCGGCGGAGCGAGCUGCGGCAGAAUUUGCCCGAGCCGCGGGCUAUGGGCUUUACGCUGCGCCACCCCCAUAUGGUGGGUUUCCAUGGGCUGGAGGUGGCGUAUGGCCGCCUGGAAGCUUGCAACUGCCUCCAGGCGUCCCUGCUCAGGCGGUAGGCGUGCCACAUCCAGAUGCCAUGAAGCAAGGAUUCCUGGGAUCUUCAGGACGUGGACUAAUUGAUGUCGACGGUGAUGAUUCUGGAUCUUUGGAUGGUGAGCAGCCCAAGUUUAGAAGAAAUCGCACCACGUUCAGUCCAGACCAGCUAGAAGAAUUAGAAAAAGAAUUUGAAAAAUCUCACUAUCCUUGUGUAUCAACACGAGAACGAUUAGCUUCUAAGACGUCUCUGUCAGAAGCUAGAGUUCAGGUUUGGUUUUCCAACAGACGAGCCAAGUGGAGGCGCCACCAGCGCAUGAAUCUCCUCAAGCGCGGUGGUGGCUCCCCCUCGCACCGCCUACCCCAUUCCCCUUCCCGCUCCCGGUCCCGUUCUUUGUCCCCCGCGCGCGUACCCUACCACGCUCCUCAGAUGGGCGGUGAAAAUAGCGCUUUUAAGGCUCUCGCGCAUCAGGACACUAGUGCUCUCAAGGCCCUUUCGCAACAAGCCCAAUUCGAAACGAAUGCCCUUAAAGCGCUUUCCCAGCAGACGCAAUUCGACGGCAGUGCGUUCAAGCCCCAUCCCACCUUAGAGAGCAGUGCAUUCAAAGCGCUUGUACCAAACUCCGCGGCAGCAGCGUUAUUAGCGGCACAAUCGAUACAAUUAGCGCGCGGAUACGAAUCUCAUUCUGAUUCGGAUGAGGAAAUAAAUGUUCACGAUGAGAGCGAAGAUGAGGUCGAAAAACAGAUCAAUAAGACUAGAUCAAGAUCCCCGAGCCCCAGCCGGCAAAGAAUGGCGUGUAACGAUUUGCCUUUACAAUUAACGAAACAUGAUCGCUGAUUAGUUAAGUUAAUUUAUUUCUAUUGUAGUAAAAAAUUAUAAUGUUUCCUAUUAUAUCCUAUUAUAUGUGAUGUGAUGUUCCGAAUAAAUAAAUUAUGUAAAUUAUAAUCCUAGAGUGCUAUUUCACCAGACCGCUUGUAAAUUCUGUAAAUAAAUAUGCAUUAAGUUUGUCAGUAAAUGUGACAAAUGGCUAUAAAGUUAAGUAUGCACAAAUAAACUGCUUUAUUUAUAAGUAACGAAAAUCUCUAAGCUCUUUAAAUGUGAAAAAUAUAGAAAGCGUUGUUUACUCAUUCAAACUAGAACAUGGCGAAAUUUACUGUUUUUAUUGGCUGUUCACGGUCCCCUGUGAGUUUGUCGAGAUAACAGAGACGUCACGCAUCUAAUUCCUGUAUUAAUACCUAUGUAUCGCCGGUGCUAUAACUUUGGAAUGUAACAGUUAAGAAAAGAAAAUACCAAAGUGUCAUAACAAUGUAGAAACCUCGGUCUCACCUUAUUUAUAGUUCCUAUUAUGGAUUGAUGAUAAAUACAUAUUGAAACUAAGCAUAACAUCAAAUAAUCCAUUAAGUCGCAUAGUUAGAGUUUUUUUUUUAUUGAAAUUUAUUUUCAUCAAA